UUUUAUUAGCUUCGCCAUUGAUCCUCCGAAGAAAGUUUGCACUAAUGGGUAGUUUAUGGUGUGAAUUAUAGGAUCUCUCUCAAUUCCUUCAUUUAUUAUUUUGAAAAAUUUAUUAGAAAGGUUGUUGCUUUGUCAAGUUAUUGAUUUUAGAAUUGAAGUUUUAAUUCGGUUUUUUUAUUAUUUGCUUUCUGAUUUGGAUAAAAGCCAAAUUUGAGAUUCCUUUUUUUCAUUCGUUUUCUAUCGAUCACGAAAUUCUUUUCCUUCCUUUGCAAAUUAGAAAGCUUUAGACGCCAAACCUUGUUUAGUUUCUGUCUUUUGGCUGAUUCUGAGAUUUUUUGUUUUUACUGGAACCACUUUGUGAGAUUGAAAUUUUGGAUUGGUGUGAUGAUUAGAUUGAAACUGGUAAAGGUUAUCUGGCAAUUUUGACAUUAGAUCAUCAUUGUAGAGAUUUGAAGUGAAAAACUCAAAAGGGUUGCUUUAAGAUUAGAAUUCUAGGAGAUUGAAGAGCAAAUCAAGGUAACUUCAAUCUGUGAAUUGGACUUAUAGCUCUGAAUUGGGAAGCAAAGUUUUGGAAUAUAAAAUUGAAAGGAUUAUUUGGUAGAUCAAUCAAAAUAUUAGCCAGAAAAGGGUUUGUUUAAGGAUCCAACUCAACAAUAACGACGGAUCCAUCAAAAGACACAAGGGGUUGUUAUUGUUUUACUGGUCUGGAGUGCAUAGUAAGCAUUAUCAGGGCCCUCAGAAUGGGGUCCUGCUUAUCUGCUGAAAGCAGGAGCCCUCUCCCUGGUUCGCCUUUGUCCCCUCAUUUGGCGAAUAUGAAGAGGAGGAACUCGAGGAAGAGGCUCGGUUCUCGGAGUUCUUCAUUUGACUACCGGAAGGACGAACCAUUGCAUAGGAUUCCGGGGAGGUUGUUCUUGAAUGGAUCCAGUGAUGUUGCUUCACUCUAUACUCAACAGGGAAAGAAAGGAACCAACCAGGAUGCCAUGAUUGUUUGGGAGAACAGAUACGGUAUUUGUGGUGUUUUUGAUGGCCAUGGUCCGUACGGUCAUUUGGUUGCAAAGAGAGUGAGAGACCGUCUUCCCUUAAAACUGAGUGCUCACUGGGAUGUUAAUAUAUCCAACGCGGAUGCUUUCGGUUCGAAUGCUGCAGGAAGCACGAAAUCUGAAGAUAUGGAUCUUUUGUCAGUUGAUGAAGAAUCUAUGGCUUCUGAAGAUAUUAAAGGAACAGAAAAGUACCCAGAUAUCUUUGAGACGCUUAGAGAGUGUUUUCUCAAGGCUUACAAAGUGAUGGACCGCGAACUUAGGAUGCAUCCGAGUAUUGAUUGCUUCUGCAGUGGGACAACAGCUGUAACUUUGGUCAAGCAGGGUUCGUACCUUGUCAUUGGAAAUAUUGGGGACUCGAGAGCUGUGCUGGGUACAAGGAACAAAGAUGAUUCACUUACAGCAGUUCAGUUAACUGUUGAUCUUAAACCGAAUCUUCCAGCGGAAGCAGAGAGAAUCCGAAGGUGUAAAGGUCGUGUAUUCGCUCUUGCGGAUGAACCUGAGGUGACCCGAGUUUGGCUACCGAACAACGAUUCACCUGGCCUUGCUAUGGCACGGGCUUUUGGAGAUUUCUUCCUGAAGGAUUUUGGCCUGAUCUCUGUGCCUGAAGUAUCUUAUCGGCACCUGUCGGAGAAAGAUGAAUUCGUUGUCUUGGCCACAGACGGGAUAUGGGAUGUUCUUUCAAAUAAAGAAGUGGUGGACAUUAUUGCAUCAGCCCCAGGUCGUUCAUCUGCGGCUCGAGCAUUGGUUGAGGUAGCAGUCCGAGCUUGGAGAUAUAAAUACCCAACUUCAAAAGUUGAUGAUUGUGCUGUUGUUUGCCUCUUCCUUGAUUCAAAUUUGAACAAUUUGUCGGUUGCAUCUAAUGCCAAGACCAAAGUGCAGCCAACUUUGGAGAACCAAGUUGAGAACGACAUUGAUGAUGACGAGGAGGAGAAAGAAAAUCCCGAUGUAUUGACCCCUCUCAUUCAUUCCGGGACGGUUGAAGAAACACUUGUUGAUGACAAUGAAGAUAGCUCAAAGCACGAGGAAAUGAAUUCGGAUGGAGGAAUGGAUUGGUCUGCCCUGGAAGGAGUGUCUCGUGUCAAUACGCUUUUGAAUCUCCCGAGGUUUGUUCCGGAAAAGGAGGACAAGGAGGGUUUUCUCAAGUAAGUAAGGUCUGCUUGCCUUCCACCCCCAUUUUGUAAGUUUGAAUGCAUGUUGCAUUGGUAGAAUUGGAAAUUUUGUAAAUCCAGCUCUAUCUUUAUUUUUAAUUC